AUGUGUCAUGUGGCGUACCCGGAUUUAAGCUCGUGUCUCGUACCCAGUUUAUUAAAUAAUCAAAAACCAAAAUUUUAUCGUGGACGUCAUGUAGCAACACCUACAAUUGUUUGUCGUAUUAUAACAUAUAUAAAUAAAAAAGAUCCUCCAACUAUUUCGUUAAUCGCUGAAAAAUGUCAUAUUAGUGCCAGUACGACUUUUCAUGUUAUUCGUGAUAUUAUUCAUGCAAAAUACCGUAAAACAAGACCACUACACCGAUGA